AUGGCGCUUUUGCUUCCUGCCAUUGAUUUGCGGCCAGAAGCACGUAUGGUAGAAUGUGGGAUUUGCUACGAGGCCUACAAGGAGGCUUCGAGUGGGCAAGUGCCAAAGUUGCUGUGGUGCUGCCACUCGCUCUGCCUAGCCUGCCUGAGGAAACUGGUUUGCCAGAACACGGCCUUCUCCUUCGUGGUCUGCCCAUUUUGCCGCAUGGUGACCCUUGUGCCGGAAGCGGGGCUCCAGGCCUUGAGGAACGAUGAAGCCCUUCUGCGUGAGAUAGCUCCUCAGAGAGAGUGGAAGUUGGAGGACAGAGAGGAACUGGGAGACAGCAAAGACUCCCCGGGUGCCUUGGACCUGCCUCUCAGUGACUCAGUCCUGACUCUGGACAUGGAGUUAAACUACCGGACCGGCUCUCCUGUCUUCACUGUCAGUGGCAUUGUGCCGGUGUAUCCAGCAACGGGUUUCCAUUCAGUGCCGGGCUUCCAGAGUUGGUUCCAUGUGCAGGAAGUGCAGAACCCUGUCUUGGUAGAGCUUCCCCACAGAGCCUCCUCCCGAGACUCUGAGGCUCCUGCGUCUGUGGAGAACUUGAGGCUUUGCUUCGCCGUGACCAUCAUUCUCCUCAUUGUCUCAGUCUUCUUUGCGCUGGUCUUCUUCAAGUAG